AGUUUUAAGCAACCUAAAUAAUAACUCACUCGCUCAAUACAAUAGACAGAGCAAACACUCACAGAGUGAGUAGGCUUCCGCAUUACUGAGUCUCUUCACUGACUAGAUGGGUCAGAAAAGUUCCAGAGUUUUUGAAGCUCGAGUCCUCCUUCUAGGCCUGGACUCGGCGGGUAAAUCGACCGUCCUCUACAAAUUAAAGUACAACCAACAAUUUUUCACAGUGCCAACAAUUGGAUUCAACGUGGAAAUGGUUGCUACCAAGAGAAAAAGGAAAAAGUUGGCCUUAACGGUGUGGGAUAUUGGAGGGCAGAAAAAGAUGAGGCCUCACUGGAAAAACUUCUACCAGGACACUGCAGGAUUGAUCUUUGUUGUGGACUGUUCUGACAGGGAGCGUUUGAGCGAAGCACACAAGGAGUUUGACCGCAUUCUUAGAAAUGAACAUCUAAGGGGCCUCCCUGUGGUGAUUUUUGCCAAUAAACAGGAUAUUUCUGGAGCUAUGACGGUAGGAGAGAUCACGGAGACGUUCAAUCUGCAUAAGACUUGCUGCGAUCGAGACUGGUACGUUCAGUAUUGCUCAAGUACUGCUGGAGUAGGGCUGGAAGAAGGAUUCCGAAAAAUGGCACGUCUUCUGAAACUUUAAGUUAUUAACACUGUAUCAACAAACCUCGUGUUCACCUUUAACUCACCAUUAAUGAGAACUCCAGUUUAGAGACCAUCCUUCAGUAUUUCAUGACUGCAAUUUAGGAUUUCUUCCCAUGCUUGCCCAGGUCUUUCCUUCAAAUGGAGGACAAUGCUGGACUAUUAGCAAUGUAAUUCAAUACCAAAUUAUUUUGUUCUGAUUAACUGAGCUUGUGCAAAUACAGUUUUUCUCAAUCACUUUAAUGCUUGCUUCAACUCAGAAAUCACGUCAAAACAGUUAACACAUACUGUAGAUCUAAACAGAAUCACUCUGGCCAAAAUGACAUUUUGCUUGCAAAAGACUGUAACACUCAAAACAUUUAAAACACGCAGCAAACGCCAAUUUAUGCCUUCGAACAACACAACUUGUAGUCAAAUCACUGUUCGCUUUCAAUCAGUCAUUACACACUGCACAACAAAAUGCUAAACACUCUUCUCAAAAUGUUUCAGCCUUCACUUUUUCAUUUUUGAAUAAAAAUGAAUUGUAUUCAUUCCUCCCA